GCCUUUUUCACAGGUGAAAUGUAUUUGACUUUUGUUUUAUUUUGUUUUCGCUGAGAGGGCUACAGGGUUGUAGCCGCUGGGAGAUCUGAAUUACCUGUCGCCUGUGUUGGAGUAUAGAUGUAGUUAUCUGGACAAAUGGAAUUUGCCGUUCAUUCCUCACUGGAGUAUCCCAUUUAAAAUAGCAAUCCUUAUCUAUUUGACUGAGGCUCAUGGAUAGGAAUUGUUGGAAUUAGGCCUUUCAUCUGUUUGGAUUUUCACCAUCAGAUCCAGCUACUUAACAUUCUUGGUAUACAGCACAGCCCUGUGUAUUGUCUACCCAUAUGUAUGGACACAGUUCGUGGCAUUGCCUAACUGACUAACGUAGUAACAUGUGCUAAGCGGCCUUCCAAACUCCGGGAGGAGGAGGUGAAUAGUGAGUCUUGAGUCUUAUAAAACACAUAGGUAAGCCCAAAGGAGGAGAGAGUCGAGAAGACCUGUUACAAUGAAGGUGGACCCAAAACGCUUUCUCUGCAUUGACCACUGCCAAGCAUAUUUUUUCUUGCCUUUAUGCAACUUGGCAGAAUUGAUCUUCAUUUUGGACUUUGAAGGCCUAGAGGGGGAAAAGAAGACUCAAUUGCACAUUGUCUUGGGCUGUGAUAAUCUGACCAAUUGUGCUCAUGAAUUUCUGAAGUGAUUUUUUUAAAUGUGUAUUUUGAGAGAGAGAGAAAGAGUGCAAGCGGGGGGUGGGGGCAGAGAGGAAGAGAGGGAAUCCCAAGCAGGCUCCACACUGUCAAUGCAGAGCUUGAUGCGGGGCUCGGUCCCACGAACCGUGAGAUCGUGACCUGAGCCGAAAUCAGGAGUCAGAUGCUUAACUGACUGAGCCACCCAGGCGCCCCUUAAAUGACUCAUUUUUUUUAAAUAUGAAAUUUAUUGUCAGAUUGGUUUCCAUACAACACCCAGUGAGAUUAUACACAUUCUUUUUCUGAAUGAUUAUAAUUAACAGCUACUUAAGGUAUGUCUGUGCUCUUUCAUAUGUGACACCUCAUGGUUCUCAUAUCCAGCCCAGGAAGGUAGGUAUUGGUAUUAUUUCCCCAUUUUACAGUUGAGGAUAUCGAGAGUCAGGUGAAUAGUGAUUCUGGCGGUCACUUAAUGAGUGAAGUACCAGAUGUAAACCGAGUUUUUAAAAGCUCAUAAUCCCAUGUUCCCCUGCCCCCCUCCUCUCAUCAUCUCUAAACUCCUUCCAUUGUAGACUAGGGGAAUGAGCUCCAAUCUGGGUUUUGGAGACCUAGAUUCUGAUUCCGACUGGGUCAUUGCUGGCUCUGUGAUGUUGAGCAAUCAUGGAAGCCUUUGGAUGUCAUUUUCCUACCAGGAGGUUAUACUGUUUGAUGUCUUAAGUUUCUUUGCAUCUUGAGAGUCUCUGUCCGCCCGCGUCUACCCGACCCUCUAUGGGGCUUGUGUCAUUGCCACAGUGUGCACCCCUGCGAUGUAGAGCAGGGGUGGGGGGAGAAGGAAAGGAGGACCAUGGGCAUUUGAUCCAGCUCUGUUCUGGUUUCUCCUACCAGAGAAAGGAAGGAGGCACAGAAUCUCCUUAGGCAGGAAGCGAAACCCUGGCCUUAAAAUUCCAAAAGAAGCAUUUGAACAACCUCAGACCAGUUCCACGCCACCUCGAGACUUAGACUCCAAAGCUUGCAUUUCUAUUGGAAAUCAGAACUUUGAGGUGAAGGCAGAUGAUCUGGAACCAAUAAUGGAACUGGGGCGAGGUGCGUACGGGGUCGUGGAGAAGAUGCGACACGUGCCCAGCGGGCAGAUCAUGGCGGUGAAGCGGAUCCGGGCCACAGUAAAUAGCCAGGAGCAGAAAAGGCUACUGAUGGAUUUGGAUAUUUCCAUGAGGACAGUGGACUGUCCUUUCACAGUCACCUUUUAUGGUGCACUCUUCCGGGAGGGUGAUGUUUGGAUUUGCAUGGAACUCAUGGAUACGUCGCUAGAUAAGUUCUACAAACAAGUGAUUGACAAAGGCCAAACAAUUCCAGAGGACAUCUUAGGGAAAAUAGCAGUUUCUAUUGUAAAGGCGUUAGAACAUUUACACAGUAAGCUCUCUGUCAUUCAUCGAGACGUCAAGCCUUCCAACGUGCUGAUCAACACUCUGGGCCAAGUAAAGAUGUGCGAUUUUGGAAUCAGUGGCUACCUUGUAGACUCAGUCGCUAAAACCAUUGAUGCCGGAUGCAAACCGUACAUGGCCCCCGAAAGAAUAAACCCAGAGCUCAAUCAGAAGGGAUAUAGUGUGAAGUCUGACAUUUGGAGUCUGGGCAUCACAAUGAUUGAGUUGGCGAUCCUUCGGUUUCCCUAUGACUCUUGGGGAACUCCUUUCCAACAGCUCAAGCAGGUGGUAGAGGAGCCCUCACCACAGCUCCCGGGAGACAAGUUCACCGAAGAGUUUGUUGACUUUACCUCACAGUGCUUGAAGAAGAAUUCCAAAGAACGGCCAACGUAUCCAGAACUUAUGCAACAUCCAUUUUUCACCCUACACGAAUCCAAAGCAACAGACGUGGCAUCUUUUGUAAAAUUGAUUCUUGGAGACUAAAUACCGUGGACUCAAUUGGUUGGCCCUCCUGUGGAUUGGUGGGUUUACAGGGUGAAGCAGGUUCACUAAAGCACCAAUAGAAACUUAUCCUUGAGAUAAUUUAAUCCUGCCUCUCAGAAGGUUGUUUUCCCCCAUUUUCUGUUCUUUUCUUUUCCUUUUUUUCCCCUCCAAAGGGGGCCUUGGAAUCUAUAGUAUAGAGUGAACUGUCGAGAUGGAUGAAAUAUGGCAAAGGCUUAGGACUUAAAAAGGUGAUUAAAUAUUUAAUGAUGUGUCAUAUGAGUCCUUAAGCUUCUCAGACUUCUCUUGUUCUUCAUAAAACGAAUGCAUUGGCCCUGGUCAAAAGGUGCUACCGUAGUGAUGAAAUUGUAAGUAGAUCUGUAGUCUGUCCCACUUAUUAUUUUAAUAUUUAUGUUUAAGUGCUUGGUUGAAAAGAUUCCAUUUUAUGCAAGGAGGGAGAUACAAGAGGCAAGGUUGGGUUGGCAAUAUUUAUAGGGCUUUUAUUUUUAAGUUCAGUCGUGUCUGUGGUCCAGAGGAAACUAUUUAAUAUGCAUCUUUAAGAGUAUUAUAACAAUAACAGUGAGGAGCUCUUCUUUGUAAAACACCUGUUCAGCUGUUGUGGCUGCUUGCCACGUCCUUAGAUUUCUGCUCAACUCCUGGGUAGUAACCACAUAUUUCAGGUGAAGUGGUGAGGUAUCCCAGUCAUACCCUUUCCCCAACUUUGGGAAACAUAAAAUCACUUUUGUCGCAUCUCAGAGUCACGAGUUGGGUUCUCUUGGCCUUUGUGGUAUUAAUGGAAUGUGAUUCCUGAUGCAGUUUUUUAUCACCUAUCUACCCUUCUACAUGUGUGCCUGUGUAUAUUUGAUAAGUCCCAAGCUCCGCCAAGUGGCUUCUGUGGACAUCUCUACUUAGCGAGGAGGAUAUAUGUCAGUUCUGAGAGGAGAUGUCAUGUCAAACCACACUGAGAAUUGGUGCCUUCGUGUGCUUCUGUCCCUCCUUACAAUGCGUAAGCCCCAAGGUUUGCCUUUGUGUUAAGAUGCGCUUUUUGCUUUCUUCUCUUCUUCCCCCUUGUUCAAUAAAGAAGCCUUACUAUUGACGGGAGGGCUGCAAUACAAGAAAAUAAAAGUUCUUUGACAGGAUAGGAGAUAAUGGGGCAGGUUGAAUUAGUUCCUAGGAAUAGACGGCCCGAUUGCCAGUGGUUGAGGCCACAUUUCACUUCAGUAGCACAGAGCAGCACGGGGUAGGAGCCUCCGUAGGAGGCUAGUGCCAUUAUGGGUUCCCGGCAGGUGGACAAAGCAGUGAAAGCUCUUUCUUAAGACUAAAUAUGGCCCUAGGUUCUCUAGGUUCCUUGAUGAAAAGUGAGUGAAUUGAUGCAGGGAAGCUGUAAACCGAUAAUAACCAGCAAACGUGGCUUUUGGACGUUGGGUUUACACGAGGCUAUUCUUGAAGGACAACGAUGGAGAAUUUUGAUGAGAAAGGAAGAAGAGAACUCCCUCUCUUUCUUUCUUUGCCUCAAGUUCACAGAUAUGGAGAUUAUUCCUCCUGAAAAUCUUCUCUUCUUUCCCUUUUAGAUUUUGAAAUGCAGUCGUUAGUUUUUCUGUGUCUGCAUUUUCCCCUUGUUCUUGUCUUUUGUCUGGCUCAGAGCAGUUGCCCAGAGUGAGUAUGGCCCUCCCGUACACUUCUUUGUAUCCCUAGUUCCAAGAGAUACCUGUUUGGUCAAAUGUAGUUUCAUCUUCUUUAAAGCUACCUCUGUUCCUCAUCUUCUUCCAGCCGGGAAAAGUGUAUUAUCCCAGUGAUUAUGGCCAUUCUCUUUCUCACCUACCUUACUAAAUUGGGCGGUUUCCCUUGUUGAGACCAAGAGAAAAAAACAUCACAACUGUAUUCCUUCUUUUCUUCAUCUGUUUAAUGAAAAAAGCAAGUAGUAGAAAACUCAGAGGUCCCUCCGUCACAGCUUUUGGCGGAGUUAUGUAAGGCAAAACCUCGUUCUGGUCUGAGUCAGACAACUCAUACCUGUUGUUCAGUGCGGUUUCUACUUAGAAAUAUUCUUAACCGAGUGUGUUCUCAUGCAUUCGCCUCUCCAGUUUGUGAACCCAGGGCCCAAACUUGCAAAACAAUCGUACUGAGACAGAGAAGAAGUUUGUCAAUGGUUCUCAACCUGAUGCACACUGGAAUCAACUGGGAGCUGGUGAACACUGCCUGUGCCAAGUUUGGGAUUUCAUUGGUCCAGGGCGGGGCCUGGGAAUUGGCAUAUUUCACACGCCACAUCAGAGAGGGCGUGUUCCUGGAAUACUGACUUGGAACUUGGAAUACGUUGUCCCCAUAGAAAUGAUGUACAACAUGGUGAUUAGAUAUCUUAUGUGCUCAAGUAGAAUGGCUUGCUAGACUUACGCGUCUGAAUUCUAGACUGUGUGUGUAUGUGUGUGUGUGUGUGUGUGUGUGUGUGUGUGUGUGUGAACCAUGUUAUAAGUUCUAAACUAAUUUUAAAAUAAAGAGAGAGAUGUGUAAACCAUAUUUAAGUUGAUAUAAGUUGGAAGGUCUCCUGUACAUACACACAGGUCACUCGACCCUCUAUAUUACUCCACUCAUUGUGCAUCAGCAUUAUUAUUGUUUAUGGUUACCUUUGGUUGAUUAGCUUUUUAAUUGUGGUCCUACCCUCCUGUGCUCUUUGUUAGUCCUGAAAUGUCAGACGUCCAAGUCUAGGACAUGAAAUACUCAUUAGCCUCAGCAUUUGAGGAAGCCAGCCCUGAGACUAACGCGACCCCUGGCUUCUCCAAGUGCAUUUGAUUUAGUGUCUUUGGAAGGUAGUCACAAAAGUGACAGAGAAGGGCUAAUGUUUUCAUAGUUUUUAACACUAAAAAUGCUUUUCUUGACCAAGAGGCUUCAUUAGCUCUGCUCAGAGAAACUACUCUGUUUCUCCCAAAAUCGUCUAACAAAAUGCUUAAUCUUUGGCUUAAAAGUGCAAUGGACGCCCAGUUCCUGAUUCCCCCCCCCCCCCCCAAAAAUGCUUGUUUUGGUGAUGUGACUGCCUGUGGCCUUGAAGGGAAGAUUCAUAGAUUCAUAAAAUUCAUUGGAGUUGGUCAGAUCAAGUAAAAUGAAUUAAAUCUCUAUCGUGCUGGGGAUUUUGUCUUCUUAAUGCCUCUCUAUGACUUAGAGGGAGAUUUGCUGGCUUAAAAGCAACCUUCCAUUUUUUAUUGAAUGAGCAAAUAGAAGAUGCAGUUGUUAAUUGGACCCCUGAAAAUUUACAUAUUCAGGUGGAAAAAUGCCAGAGUAAAAUCUGGGAGGUGGAAGCUAUCAAACCAACCCUAUUAGAAUAGAAAAAAAGAGAGAUUUUAUUGUAGAAGGUCUGUGUUCCUCUUGUCUAGGGGUGUGUGUGUGUGUGCACGCAUGUGUGUGUGUUUUAGCACUGUUAAUAUGCUGGCAGCUAAAGAUGCUCUUUGGUUUUCUUUGGCUUUAAUUGGGGUACUCUGGAUUUCUUUAGGAAUCUGUUGAAAGCUAGGACCUUUUCCCUAGGAAAACGCACAUGGUACAUGGAACACGUAGUUUUGCAAACAUGUUUUGUUGAGGGGAGGGGAGUGGAGUGCAGUUUAUAGACCCCGCAGGAUCAAUAACCUCUGCUCUGCAGAAUGUGGACUGUGACGUUCUAGACCAAGACUGGCAAAGUUUUUCUGUAAAGGGCCAGAUAGGAAAUAUUUUUGGCUUUGGGUUGCAUUAGUCUGUUACAACUACUCAGGUCUGGGGUUGCAGUAUGGAAGCAUCCAUAAAUAACACACAAAUGAAUGAGCGUGGUUCUGUGUCCCAACUAAACUUUAUUUACAGAACCAGGCAAUGGGCUGGAUUUGGCCCACAGGUUAUGGUUUGCCAAUACCAGUCCUAGAGCAUCGAAUGCAAAACUCCAAUUGAUUGAAUAUGUGUAUAGAGCUUUUCCAUUUAGUUAGUAUUCAGCUCAGCUGUUGAGGCAGAUCAGGAAGAUGGACAUAGAAACGAAUUUGGGAAGAGUGGAGACUGUUCAGUCCCAUGGAAAUUGCCUCUUAAUUUUCUUAGGUAAGUAUUCCUUGCCCUGGAGGCCAAUGGGACAGUUUUCCUCAGAUGAAAUUGAGCACCUGCUUUUUCCGUUUCCAUACAAUAGCCGGCAUAACGUACUUCAACUUGGCAAUAAAAAGCAUUCUUCUCUCAGACAUCAACGGCAUUCUUGUCUCUUAGCUUUGCAUUUUAUUUCUCUCUGGGACGUGAUGCUUGUGCAGGGAGGAUCAUGAAGCCAGACACUAAUCCUUGGGUUUUCCUUUUUCCUGAACUGCAUUAAGAUUUGAAAAUUUGGGAGGCCAUAGUUACGUCAGAAGUAGAAGGCAGAUAGACGUCUUAAAAUCUUCCAGGUUAUCCCCCUGUUCUAUUUGGCCAUCAUUUGAGAAAGGAAGAAAGAUAAGUAUGGGGUCAAAAUUCAUGUUCUCAGGUAGACACAGAGCUCUAGGCUCUCACUGUGACAGGAGACUUGGGCCCACCCCUUGGGUACUGUCCUUGGACUUGGAAAGACAAGGCUGCUUUAUCUUACUCCUUUCUUUAAUCCUCACUGAAUUUCUAUUCUAAGGGGCUUAUGCAAAAUGCCUCCUUUCUGAUGUGAUUAUCUUGGGUCCCUUGUUGAGUUCCUGGGCCCCCUAGUCUCUAGUGAAAGCUUUGCCUUCCCCAUGGGACCAGCACAACUGUCCUUUCCUUUGUCUUUGGUCAACCCUUGUCCCUUCUUUGCUGUAGGAACGCUACACAAUGAAAUGUGCCCAACUCCACUUUCCUCUUCCAGAAUAGUCCAACACAGCUGACCUAAAGCUGCAGUUGCUUGGUUAUUCAGAAACAGUUUUCUUCCUGCUGCAUCAUCAGGCAAACAUAAAUUAUACGUAGAAGGCUGCUUGGAAACUCUUAAAGAGCAUAUUUAAGUAUUUGAUCUGGCAAUUUACCUGACAGAAAGUUUUCUCUUCGCCCUGGGAAACAAAACCUGAAUUCCAGAGCCUUCAAAAUGAAACCAUCCUUCUGGGGAAAGCACCUUGCCACCAGACAUAUCACUCACCACCUGUUCCUGGUAUCUGCAAAGAAGCUGUGUCGUUUUGCUGGGGUUUAGAGAGUCACUGUUGACAGCUAUGCAAAUAUAAUUUCCCCACCUCAAGUUUUCUAAUGGAGUCAUUUGGAAUCAGCGCCUAAGUUGGGGUUUAUCUUUUUAGCUCCUGCCUCAAACUCCCUUUUCAAGCAAAAUUUCUCCAAAAGCUCUUUUCCUAUCUGACGUGAAGGGGACUGGGCCCUAAGUAGAAACACAAAGGAAAGUCAAGGACUUUGUGGUAGGGAUUUUUUUUUUUU